AUGACUAGGAGGUCUAACAAAGACAACCUAGUUGAACAUCCAGAGAAAGACAAGCUCGAGAAGUUACUUAGGAAGCAAAAAGCCCAAGAGAUGGCCGACGAAGCAGCACGCACUCACGCCAUUGAAGUAGCCCGCGCUAAUGAAGAAGGAAGAGAUCAGCCUCCUCCUCCUCCUAAUCCACAAGAUCCUGCUGGGGACAUCAAUUUGCAACCUCAAGCAGACAUCCAAACAAUCGGAGACUAUGACUCUGCCGAUGCAUUCUUCACGGAUAGAAACCCUAUCCAACCACCACUUCCUGCAAGGAAUGACUAUGAGCUCAAGCCUCAGAUCAUAGCAUUUGUGAUAUGA